AUACACAAGAAAAGAAAACAACAAAACACGGAAGUAAUCUUCUCUUUUUAAUACAACUUCUCUCACAAAUAACUUUUUUUUGUCAAAACAAGUUGAAAAUGAAUCCCAAUGUACUUGGUGUUUCAAACAAGGGUUUGGCCAGGGCAGCAAAUUUGCCUAGCCGUGCCUAUGUGACAUUCUUGGCAGGUAACGGUGACUAUGUUAAAGGUGUUGUUGGUUUGGCUAAAGGAUUGAGGAAGGUGAAAUCUGUUUACCCUCUUGUGGUGGCAGUGUUACCUGACGUCCCAGAGGAGCACCGCCACAUACUGAUCAACCAAGGCUGUAUAGUCAGGGAGAUCGAGCCUGUUUAUCCUCCUGAGAAUCAGACUCAGUUUGCUAUGGCUUACUAUGUCAUCAACUACUCUAAACUCCGCAUCUGGGAGUUUGUGGAGUAUAGCAAGAUGAUAUAUUUGGAUGGAGACAUCCAGGUGUUUGAGAACAUAGAUCACUUGUUUGACUUGCCAUAUGGCUGUUUCUACGCUGUGAUGGAUUGUUUCUGUGAGAAGACUUGGAGCCACAGCCCACAGUACAAAAUUGGGUAUUGCCAACAGUGCCCAGAUAAGGUCCAAUGGCCUGAAGAAGAGUUAGGACCAAAGCCAAGUCUCUAUUUCAACGCUGGCAUGUUCGUAUUUGAGCCGAGUCUCCCCACUUACAAUGACCUUUUGAGUACCCUUGAAGUAACUCCUCCUACCUCUUUUGCCGAACAGGAUCUGUUGAACAUGUACUUCAAGGAAAUUUACAAGCCAAUUCCAAAUAAGUACAACUUAGUUUUGGCCAUGUUGUGGCGCCACCCGGAGAACGUAGAGAUUGACAAGGUGAAAGUUGUUCAUUACUGUGCAGCAGGGUCCAAACCAUGGAGAUACACUGGAGAGGAAGAAAAUAUGGACAGAGAAGACAUCAAGAUGUUGAUAAGAAAAUGGAGAGCUAUAUACCAUGAUAAGUCACUAGACUACAAGAACAAUGUCAUUAAUAACAACAAUAAAUUCAUGCCAGCGCUUUCCAAGGCCCGCGGUGGCUUUGGCUACAUUACUAACCCCUCUGCCGCUUAGCUUGGUGAGAGAAGAACCAGAAUUAAUAAUGUUUGGUUUUCUAUUUUCUUUAUAUUUGAGGUUUAUAGUGUUUUAAAGAAAGUUAGAACUAAGCAUAUAGCAAGGUUAUUUUGGCUCUCUCUUCUAUGCUCACCAGAGAAGGGAUGGAGUAAUACGUAUGUAUGUACGUACGUACUUGGAUAGGAGAACGUCUUAUUUUAAGUUCUCCUUGAAUUUGUAUUGGAAGAAUACAUAAAUGAACUAUAUGUAUUAUUAAUACUGUACUGAUCGUGUCAUUUGGUUGAAUGAAUAAUGUCUUGAUGAUGUG